UAUAGGAUGAAACUAUUACCGUACAUACAUUGAUGAUCUGCACCUGCCGCAUCUCUUUAUUCCGUUUAUGCGUAUUCCUAUAUCCUCUGAGGGAGGGCGCUAUAAGCUUACGACGUCACAUGCCUAAGGUCUAUUGUUGACCCGUGAGUGUCCCUGAAUAUAUUCUUGUCAUGUCGAUGUCAUCUGAUCAACCAUCAGGACCUGUUCGGAUCAUGCUGUGGAGCACACCGAGGUCGGUGUCGACGGCGUUUGCGAGGUCGAUGUCGGCUCGGGGUGAUACAGAAGUCUUCUGGGAACCCUACUUUUCCUGUUAUUUCUUUGGCCCCGAUGGAGCAGAGAGGAUCGGUGAAUUGCCAUUUGAUGGUACGGAGCUGACCAACGAAAAAUAUACGUAUAACUAUGUUAACAAGUUAUUGGGAUCCGUCGACUUUCCCGUAUCAAGGAUUCUCUUCGUCAAGGACAUGGUUGAAGGUAUCAAGGAUGAUUUCAAUGUCGUCAAGUCGGGCUACAAACAUUCUUUUAUCAUUCGCCAUCCACGUAAAACUUUUCGUUCUCUUUACCGCAGCAAUCAAGCGAGAAAAGUAUCCCAAGACAAUGCCAAUCUGAUUAAAAGGCACAAGGAUGUGUAUCAUACCUUGGAGCAGUUUUACCGUCACGUCCAGACCGAGCUCGACCAGGGUGCACCUCCCAUUAUCGAUGCUGAUGACCUCGUCGAUCAACCAGAGAAGCUGCUUCGGAAAUACUGUCAAGCCACGGGUAUUGAAUACACACCAAAAAUGCUGACAUGGGAGAGCGUUGAUGGCGACCAGCUAAACUGGCACUGUACCGAUGUCGGGAUCUUCGCGCGCCCUGAGACGAAAAAAAGUUUGAUGUUAUCAAAUGCUUUGAAAGGACAAGGGUUUGGUAAAGCACCGGAUCUUACCAAAGAUAUGAAACUGCCAUCAGCCAUUGAAGAGAUGAUUAAACAUGCUCUUCCAGCCUACGAGAAGCUAUACAACCUUCGUAUCAAGCCAUAGAGAGUGUCCCUUUUACAAACUACUCAAGGUUUUUCUACUUAUGUAUAACAUAUUGCAAAGUAAGAUUAGUAAAAGCAUUUCUUAUUAAUAAUGAUAUUCAUUACCACAUUACAAUCAUGUAGGAGUAGUUUAUUUCGUUUAUCAUGUUUGUGGAAAGUACGAGAAAGUUUUGGACAAAAUGCUAAACUUUUCAGCUUCCCUAUAAUAUGCAAUUCUACGUUUGUUCGCUCAUGCAACUCACUUUCACUCUUUAAAAGAAGAUUAAAAUGAUACUUACUUAAAAAUAAGUCUAUAGAGCAGCUAUAUUCCCAAGUUGAUCUCUUCAUACUUGUAUUGCUUAUCAUCCUCUUUCUUCACCCAUUACUUUUGUCACGUAUGCAUUUACAUAUGAUUUGAUUAUAAGUAACCUCCAAAAUCCUUUAUGUUUAGAUCUUCCCUCGCAAGGUCAAUAUUGGCUUUACUUUGAAGUCCAUCUAUUUUAUUCUUAUGACACAGACCAUGCUUAUCAAAUUUCAUUUGUAUGAAUCCUAAGAUGUUUAUGUAUUACUUUACAUUAAUAAUCUUUAUAAUUAUUUA